GCAGCAACACUGUGAGGCUGCAGCAAUAACAUUUUCAGGUAGAAACCCAGCAACCGACGGGAAGCUGUUGCAGAUUGGAGCCAAAUAACAGAGACGCUUUUACCGGGCGACCUCCGAGCUUUAAACCAAACAGCGAUCAGGAGAUCCAGGUAGAUCCAGGUAGAAGGUGCAGGGAGCUGACGUCAUGGCGGCCUGGCCCCCCCUGCUGCUGAUCGCUCUGCUCUGCGGCCUGUUCGCGCCGCGGUGCCACGGCGCCUGCGCAGAGGUGGACUCCGAUACGGAAGCCGUGGCGGGAAAAGGCUUCAAGCUGGGCUGCAUCUCCUGCAAGAGGCGCAGCGAGGUGGAGGGCUCGGCCACCGUGGAGUGGUACUUCCGGCCCGAUGGCGAGUCCGACUUCGUCCAUAUCUACAGCUACAAUGAGAACGGACCCACCAUCGAACACAACUUCUUCGAGGAUCGAAUCGACUGGAACGGCAGCAAGAGGAGCAACGACAUCCAGGACGCCUCCAUCUACGUCCUGAACGUCACCUUCAACGACUCGGGAACCUACCGCUGCUUCUUCUACCGCACCCUCACCUACGAAAACUACGAGUUCUUUGACACCGUGGACAAGGUGGUGCGCCUGACCGUGGUGGCCAAAGCCACCAGGGGCACAGCGUCCAUCGUGUCAGAGGUCAUGAUGUACGUGUCCAUCAUCGGGCUGCAGGUCUGGCUCCUCAUAGAGAUGAUCUACUGCUACAGGAAGAUCGCUGCAGCCGGGGAGGAAGCGCUUCGAGAGGCGGCGAAUGCUGAAUAUUUAGCGAUCGCUUCGGAGAGCAAAGAUAACUGUGCAGGUGUGCAGGUCGGAGAAUAGCACAGGUUUUCUUCCCGGACUGAAAACUUCCCUCCAAGCGCCGACCUGCAUGACGACAUCCUGGCCAGAACCCUCCUCUCCAUCGCCAGCCUGCGCGAGCCUCUUCUGGACGAGCUGAACUGGACCCGGCCGUCCGCUGACAGCCUGGAACCAGAACUGUACAUAGUCUUGUUGAAGCAUGUCGUAUCAGAAACCGUUAUGCAUUAACGUAUCCAGGUCCAUGUGUAGUCACAGCAGAGCUUUUACUGACCCAGCAGCGGAGAGACGCACCUCGGACCGGUUCUGUACGGAUAAUCACUGAUUUAUGAACUUUACUUCCACUUUCAUGGGCUGAUGUUUGUAGAGAUUAACAGCAAUAAUUUGGGUUAUUUAGCCUCUUGUAAGUGGAUAAAUUCAUAUCUUCACCAUGUAAUUCAUACAUAAAAAAUGUCAGUUUCAAACUAAAUAUGCUAGCAAGCUAAAUAUUCAGAUUAGCUUAAAGUUAAAUAUUUAAGUAGCAAGCUAAAUAUUUAGUCUAUAAAGUUUAUUUGAAAAUCACAAGACAGUUUAAGCUAAAAAUGUAGCUUGAAGCUAGACUAAAUAUUUAGAUUCAAACUAAGUUAAAUAUGUAGCUUCAAGCUAGGCUAAAUAUUUAGCUUCAAGCUAAGUUAAAUAUGUAGUUUCAAGCUAGGCUACAUAUUUAGCUAGUGAAGUAAACAUGUAGCUCCAAACUAUUGAAUUUAGAUCUAACUAGUUAGCUUGCUAACUAAAUGUUUAGCCUUCAUAGCAGAUAUUUAGCUUGUUAGUUAAAUAUUUAGCUCCAUUAAUUAGUAAAUUGAGUUAAAUAUUGAACUUCCUGAUAUAAAACUGGUUAAAAUGAAUAAAAUGGUGAAAACAUGACAUUAAAAAUUUACCUCCAUUUUUCUUCCUGCCAGACUAAAUAACUCAAAUUAUUGCUAUUUUUUAACUGUGGAACUUUACAAACAGCGCCCCCUACACUAACUCAUAGUUCUUCACUUGAUAUAAUUAAACGUGAUAAGAACCUAA